AUGAAGUUUGUUUUUGUGUUGUCUUUGUUUAAUAUCAUAAAUAAUUGCUGGGGUGUAAAGCUAUUAGAGGCAAACCCCGAUGUGAAGCGGCUCUACGAUGAUCUUCUCAGUAAUUACAAUAGGCUUAUACGUCCAGUCAUGAAUGUUAGUGACAUAUUAACUGUAAGACUUGGUCUAAAGUUAUCUCAACUUAUGGAGGUCAAUUUAAAGAAUCAGGUCAUGACAACCAAUCUAUGGGUUGAACAGAAAUGGCAGGAUUACAAGUUAACCUGGGAUCCAGCAGACUACGGCGGUGUUGAGAUGUUGUACGUACCCUCGGAACACAUUUGGUUGCCAGACAUAGUGCUGUAUAAUAAUUGGGAUGGAAAUUAUGAGGUUACACUUAUGACAAAGGCAACUUUAAAAUACACUGGAGAAGUAAAUUGGAAGCCACCUGCCAUUUACAAGUCGUCCUGUGAGAUUAACGUGGAGUACUUCCCCUUCGACGAGCAGACGUGCUUCAUGAAGUUUGGUUCCUGGACUUAUAAUGGGGCUCAGGUGGACCUCAAACACAUGGAUCAAUCUCCGGGCAGUAGUUUGGUACACGUUGGUAUAGAUUUGAGUGAGUUUUAUCUGUCUGUGGAGUGGGAUAUACUCGAAGUUCCAGCUACGAGAAAUGAAGAGUACUACCCAUGUUGCCCUGAACCGUUUUCUGAUAUAACGUUUAAACUGACAAUGCGCAGAAAGACACUCUUCUACACCGUGAACCUGAUCAUUCCGUGUGUGGGCCUCACAUUCCUUACCGUGCUUGUGUUUUAUCUCCCUUCAGACUCGGGAGAAAAGAUUUCGCUCUGCAUCUCCAUCCUGGUGUCCCUCACAGUGUUCUUCCUCGGUCUGGCCGAGAUCAUCCCGCCAACAUCCCUGGCGAUCCCCUUGCUCGGGAAGUAUCUGCUAUUCACAAUGAUCCUCGUCUCUCUCAGCGUGUGGGUCACAGUAUGCAUUGUAAACGUCCACUUCAGGUCCCCCUCUACGCAUACGAUGUCUCCGUGGAUGAAGAAAGUGUUCCUCCAGUUCAUGCCUAAACUGUUAAUGAUGAGGAGAACUAAGUACUCGUUGCCAGACUAUGAUGAUACCUUCAUGUCUAACGGAUACACAAAUGAGCUGGAUAUGAGCAGGGACAGUCUGACGGACGCUUUUUCCACUGGUAAAGGCGAUGAUGGAGAUUACCGAAAAUCACCGGGACCUGAAGACGAUAUGCUUGGGGCAGGCGCUCAUCAACGACCAUCAGUGACGGAUUCUGAGAACAUGUUACCGCGCCACUUGUCGCCUGAAGUAGCGGCCGCCUUGCAGAGUGUGCGAUUUAUCGCACAACAUAUCAAGGACGCCGACAAGGACAACGAGGGGCCCCUUCGAAUAAGUUUAAAUUGCCCUAACAGCGUACCGCUGUAUAAACGUACGAACAUAUACGAUGUUCUUCAUUAA